UUAAAAACAUGGCUACGAACAAAGUCAUCAUUUUGGACAUUGAUGGAACGUUGGGGUGCUUGAUUUCUCAACAUCCGUCUCAAAUAACUAAGAAUAUGGAAAUGUCUAGGGUUCAUCAUAUCCAAUCUUCCUCUUUUUUCGUUACUAGGUCUUUUUGUGAGUGGUUUUUGGAGUUUUGUCGCUACUUUUUUGCUCGAGUGGUUGUGUUUUCUGCAGGCCAUCGUGACUAUGUUGAAAAUGUAGUAACUUCGAUAUUCCCGUACUCUCCGGAUGCUGUUUUUUCUUUCGAAGAUUUGAACGCCAAUCAGCUGAAGACUGUUGAUGUUGUUCGAGAUGAAAUUCCUUUUGCGUUUAGCCACAAUACUAUAAUUUUGGAAGACAAUCCCAGUGCCUGGGCUCCAUACAACAAAGAAAAUAUUAUAAAGCUCCCCGAAUGUCGUUUUGUAGGUGCAAGUUCCUUAGAACAAGAAGACUACACCUUUCCUAAUUUAAGAAGAUGGCUCAUGGAAGAGAUUUAUCGGAGUGUUGAUGUUCGUAGGGAAAUAGCUGCAGUUAGUUCUUUUCCAUCAACUUAUGGGGACACCCUGAUGAGCCUAGCUACUGUUGACGGCAAAACUAUUUUCUUUCGCGAUUUCAAUAUUCGAGAGAACAAGUCAAAAAUACUAGCUUCCCAUUGGACCGAACAAGGAUUGCUGGAAAAAAGCUAUCAUCUUCCUACAAGUGUAGAGAAUAUUGAGGAUUGCAGAUCUUUUCGCUUUCGCGGUCGAACGUUUCUUAUAGGAAACAAUACGAGACGAAUGCAUAUAGUGGACAUCGAGAAUAAAAGUUCAUGUUAUCUUUUGAAAUCUCCUUUUCCUCAGCGUUCUGUUGAAAAAAAUUGGACUCCUCUUGUCACGGAUAAUCAGCAGCGACUUUUACUAGUCUAUUCGUUUGAUCCGCUUCUGGUUUUUCAGGUUACCGAUUUGGAAAAGGGACGAUGUGAUCCUUAUAUUGGAUUUGUCUCGAACUCUUCUUCUCACAAGGAGUGUAAACUUCGAGGGGGUACUCCGUUUCUUCCCUAUCAAAAUAACGAAAAUGUUUUUGUCAGUGUAGCUCAUAGACAAGAACGAGGGUAUUGUGUUUCAUACAGAGGCUACUGGGCCUUUCUCGAUCUAAGGUCGGGCUCAGUUCAAAGCAGCGGUGCUCCAAUUCAAAUAGGGCAGUUUCUUAUUGUCUAUCCUACAAGUCUUUUCUUGGGCAGUGAUGGAAAGUCGUGGCUAGGAGGACACAUCGAUGACGAGUUCUGCUUUUUGACUGACGACAUAUCAACCCCAUCUGUCUAAAAAAAAGAAACAGACCAAUGAUAGGAGAAGAGAUAGAAAAGAUACUGAAGCAAAUCAGUUUCUUUUUAGCGUUUUCUUUAACGUGGGCAACCGCUGACAUAUGGGUGUUAUUUAUUAAAGCUCUGUUUUUCUCU